AUGGGUGUUCUGACCAAGACGAUGGGCCUCAAGGUCACCUACGCGUUUGCCGAUAGCGGCGAGAGUUUCCUGGCGCGACACCCCGAGCUGCUCACCGUCCGAACAGUACCCAUCGACGACAAGCUCACCGUCGGCAUGGUCGACCUCAAGAUGUGUGUCCAGGCUGUUGUCAAGUGCAGCCCCGAACUUCUCAGCGACGUCACCCGCGACUUCGCCGUCUACGCCUACGACUACUCAGAGCCCGACGAGCCCUUGGUCGGCCAGGGUUUCCUUGGUUGGAUCGUCAACAACGCCGAUGGAAAGCAGAUCAUUGGCCGCGCCACCAGGAAUCCCCUCUCCGCCUUUAGCAACGGCGUCAAGGAAAUCCUCGAGAUCAAGUUGAAGUUGAAGCCCGUGGCCGCCAUGGUGCAACCCCAGUACGAAUCCGAAUCACGACCGGACCUUCGACACUCCUACCAGCGCUCCGAGAGCCAUAUGAGCGUCGAGGUACAACCCACAAGACCUGCUGACGGGGCCCUUACGCCGUCGAGCCAUGCCGAGUGGAACUCCUUCAUGCAGUCGAACCCCCAGAUGGGUAGCCAGCACCACCCGCAAAGCGUCCCGUCGCCACACCAACCAUCCAUGCACCUCGACUUCCAGCAACAACAGCAGCAGCAGCAACAACAACACUUCCAACGCAGCAAUUCAUUUUCCUACGGCGCGCCGCCACAGCACCAGCACCAGCAAAUUCUGCCUCAGCCUCAUCAGCCGACGCAAAAUUCUGAUGGCCCUAAUAGGGUGGCCCCGACCCCUGUUGACACAGCAACCGAGACCCAGGUCAACCCACCAUCAAGGCCAUCAUCCAGGGCCUCAAACCCAUCGUCGAGGAAGUCGAGAGCUACGGGACGACCGCGUGGUCGUCCUAGAAAGCAGCCAAGGGCUGAGAGCCAGGGCAACACCUCGGGCUACGAGGACGGAACUGAUGGUGAUGAGGGCCCCGCCAAGAAGAAGAGGGCUACCAUGACCCAAGUCACGAGCAACAUCAACGCCCCAUUUGGCGGCGGCCCCGAGUCUCUGCGAGUCACGGCCAGCACCGCUGGCUCGUUGCGAACCUUGCGGCCGAUGGGCAUGCCCGUCGAGGCACCCAUGGGCUCGCACAUGCAGGAUGUUCCCAGGGCUCCAACACCAGUGCCAGACAGAGGUCCCAUGAUGCCCCAGGCUGGCAAGCCGACUAACGGAAGCAAGCUACGUCGGCAGUCGAAUUUGAGCCAGGCUGCGACGCCUCCCAGCCAGCCGCAAUUCUCCGAGCCGCCAUUCGCUUUGUCCCCGAGCCAGCAAGACGGCCGCUCUCCCGACUCGGAAGCCGUAUCACCCAUGUACUCCGAGGACAGCCCUGCAGCCAUCGGGUCAUCACCACCCGUUCCUCGUAACACGAGCUUUGUGCGAUCCAGCCCGCCGGCGUCGAGCCCAAUACUUCCUCCCAUGCCAAUGCCUCAGCCAGACUCGGGUUUUAUGAGUGGAGGCAUGGAUGACCUUUUCGACGGUGAGGGGGUCAAGCAACAACUUCCGAAGGCGGUCGUGCCACCAGUGCGGAGAUCAAACUCCAACGUCACCAAGGAACGGAGAUCUCGGUCAGGCAUUCCGAUCCAGGUCUUCCAGCUGGCGGCGCAGCCUUCCGCUGAGGCAGAUGCCGCCACCAGGAGCAACAGGCAGCAGAGUGCACCCCGGCCGCCUACCUCGACACUAUCAUUGGAGCCUUCUUUGCCUCCCAUGUCGAGGACCGUAAGCGACUCGAGGCUUGCGCUACCUUCGCCUUCACAGCCUGCGGAAAAAGAGCCUUCGCCACAACAAGAGGAGCUGGUUGUGGCGGUUAAGCCUGAGGUCGAUAUCGACGGUCAAAGCGCUCCCAAAAUCGAGACUCAACAGCCAGAUGACGGUCUGGAAUUGGGACUUGAGAAACUCGCCCAGGCGGUGCAAGGCAUGGCGUCAGAAUCAGCUUUGCCAGAGCCCCAGAUGGCUCCGGAUGCUACCGCGACGUUCGCCCGGCCAUCAGCACCACCUUCUCUGUCAAGGUCUACGUCCUCAGGCUUCUCAUUGGCUCUUCCCUCGGUGGCUGCUAGCGACCCCAUCGGUCCCAUUGCGUUGCCAGCUCCCGCCCCCCCGGAUAUCACCUCCUUCUCCGAGGCACCCUGCCCGCCAAGUGACGCCUUGCAGCCCCCAAGGUCACCGCCGCAGCCUACGAGGUCGAACAAGAACUAUGUUAAAAAGCAGGCCAUCAGAGAGAAGCUCCUGCAGGCGAUCGCGAGUGGACAGACUCCCAUGUACUGCAGCAACUGCGGUGCGAUCGAGACUCCUACGUGGCGCAAGAUUUGGACCCAGGAGCAUGAGGGCGUUCCGGAAUUUACCGAGUUCUCGGACAAGCCUGGCAGAAUUACCGCUAUCUUGGUCUUGGACCGUGAUGCCGAUGAAAAGCCGACCAAGUAUCAGAUCAUCAAGAAGGCCCUUUUGCCCAAAGAGGAUAAGUCCGACUGGAAGGAGCACAUGCUCUGCAAUCCCUGCGGUAUCUGGCUAUCCAAAUGGAAAGCCCAUCGACCUCAGGAGAAGUGGGAGAAGGAUAGCGCUCGUCUUGGCCAACAGAGGCGCCCUCGGGGCACUGGUCGUGCUCCCCGUCCGCCCAGAGCGAAGAAGUCUGGUUCGGCGAACCCGCUCAACCCGACGUCCGAAGCAUACAAUACAACAGACCCCAUUGGACCUGAUGACCGUGGGGUCUCACCGAUGGACGAGAGCAGGUCGCGCGGUGUUUCUCAAGUCAGCAAUGCCAACGAUGCCUCUCAGCGAUCAAUGUCCCAGUUUUCCGCAUCCCAGCCCCCAGAAUACCAAGGCUCGCGACCGACAUCCCCUGGGAACAUCUCCAACCCUGGCUCUACGCAUUCCAGGGGCAGUGGCACAGCGAAGAGCCCGAUCACCAUUGAUAACGCUGAUGUCGAAGAUAUGGGCGCAACUCGGCGACUCCUGUUCCCUUCGCCACGAAAGGAUGGCGUUUCGAAGGCACUGAGCGAUCUUGCCGUCAAUAUCAUGCAAACAGCGCCCGACUCCAGCAGGUCAGCACAAGUCAUCCAAAACAGGGAAGUUCCCAUCAAAGGACCUGGCAAGGACGCCGCAGCUUCCAAAGUGUCUGGCAUGAACAAGGAGAACCUCGCUGCUCCCGAAGAUGACCUUGAGGACCUUUUCAGAAGUCCUCUGAUUCGUCCGUCGACGCCACCCCCCAAAGAACGGGCCCCUAACAACGGCCCCUUCAAAACCCCUACCCGGCCGACGCCGAGUCACCGACCCAUCACUAGAAGUGUCACUAGAAGCGUCUCGCGUUCUAUGAGAUCAGGCGACCUGCUUCGGUCUCCCGCGGCUGUGCGCCGCACGCCGACGCGAACACCCCGAUCUGCCAAGGGUCUGCUUCGGAGGAGUCCUCGUCUGCAUAAUGAUGAGUUUACCCAAAUGGAGCUUGCCUUGGAGGAAUACCUUCAGACGCAGUCUCUUGAUCACCAAUACGACUCCGACAUGUUGGAGGCAAUGAACCGAGCUUUGGCGGAGUCCAUGGACGCCCCUGGUUCAAACUUUGACAUCACCAACAUGGUGCUCGAAUCGAGCUGCCAGCUUGAGUUCGGUGACCUGUUGGGCUCGCCUUCCCGACCCACCCCACGACCUGCCAGGCAGCAAGUGUCCGAUUUUGAGGACUGGGACACGUGGGAAAGCAACAUGCGUGCGCGUCAGGCGGCGGAAGACUCCAGGAGCCAAUAG